AGAAGCAGAACACGCGUUCCAGGCUAAGCAACAAAAUACACGUGAGCCAUGGAGACCAACCAGGAAUCCUCGCUYUUCCUGGUGAAGAUUUUGGAAGAGCUGGACACUAAGCAAAACACGGUUUCUUAUCAGGAUCUCUGCAAGUCCCUGUGUGCGAGGUUUGAUCUGUCCCAGUUGGCCAAGCUCCGGAGCGUGCUGUUCUACACAGCUUGCCUCGAUCCUAAUUUCCCAGCGACUUUGUUCAAAGAUAAAAUGAGAUGCACUGUAAACAAUCAGCAAUCAAAGAAAAUCAUGGUUGCGGCAGAUAUAGUAACGAUAUUCAACCUUAUACAAAUGAACGGGGGCCUGGCCAAGGAAAAACUUCCAGUUGCAAGGCAGAAAGUAAAGAAGAAAGARUCGUUUGAGUCGUGUCGAUCUGACACGGAGAUCUGCAACGUGGCCGACUGCGUGCCCAACUGUGAGCUCAACGAGCAGGAGUUUAACAGGGGCUUUUCAGCCAGGAGGUCUUCGAAAUGUAGAAAGAUGGAAUGCAAAGACUGCCAGCAAUUUGUACCCUCAUCAGAACCCAACUUUCUGCUUGGUGUUAAUAAGGAGAUGAAGGGCCGUGCGGCCUCCCUGGACAGGCUGCAGGCUCUCGCGUCCUACUCCAUUGCCACCUCUCCCCCAUGCGAGAUGCAGAGCACGUAUUUCCCAAUGAACAUUGAAAACGAAUCCAUUUCUGACCAGGAUUCCUUGCCUAUAAGUGCAGGUAUAAAAGAGACCUUCAUCUCAAACGAUGAGCCGUUUGUGAUGCAGUCUUGUGUCCAGAAACGGAAUAUAUUCAAAGAAGACUUUCAUAAUCUGAUUACCAUAUCUCCCAACUUAAUACCRUCCAAUAACAAGCCAGAGGAGCACAGAGAGCCUCAGAACAGGAAAGAAAGCUCUAAGCAGGCUUUCUUCAACCACAGUUUUGAAAUGCCAUACAGCAGUCAGUACUUGAAUCCCGUGUAUUCUCCUAUACCAGACAAAAGACGAGCGAAACACGAAAGUUUAGAUGAUCUUCAAGCUUCAACGUAUUUUGGCCCAACCACUGUUCUUGGACCCCAGGACACAAAAAAGUGGGCCGGAAAGCCAAGCAAACAAACUGCCUGGCCGGCUAAAAGCUGGAGUUUAAAUACUGAGGAGGUACCUGACUUUGAACGAUCAUUUUUUAAUAGGAAGCAGUCUGAGGAGAAGCCRAGAUACCAGAGCUCAAACAGCCCAUCUCCAAACUUCCCUUCAGCUGACAGGCAUCAGUCGUAUCUAAACACCAAGGAUCAGCAGCCAAUUCUGCCAAACUAUGCCGUGAAACAAAACGGGCAUAAACCCAAGGAGAUUCCUUCCAUCCUAGAUGUGGAGAAACAUGAGCCAGUCAAAAAGUUUAAGGAUAAAAGCAUUAAUUGCAGUUCUGUUCAAAUCCUAAGCAUUGACAGAACCACCAGCGUUGGAACGCAAACGGAGCAGCAAGUUCUKGACCACAAAAAAUGCAAGGAUUUGUGUGCAACGAGCCAAGCCAAGUAUGGAGAGCGACACUCCCUAAAGCAGUCGGAUGAUGACUCCGAAAUUGUGAGCGAUGAUAUCAGUGACAUUUUCCGCUUUUUGGAUGAUAUGAGUAUCUGCGGAUCUACAGGAGUGAUGCAGUCUUCAUGCUACAACAGCACUGGUUCCUUGUCUCAGGUACAUAAAUCUGACUGUGAAAGCUCACCUGAGCAUAAUUUGACGAAAAUCUCCAACGGGAACGUCAGUAGCAAAUUAGAUAAAGUGGUUCGGGCAGAUAUCAGUAGUACGGAUGAUGAACUGAAAACAAGCGUCUGCAAAUUAGUUUUGAGGAUUGGCGAAAUAGAAAAGAAACUGGAAUCUCUCUCGGGUGUCCGAGAAGAAAUCUCCCAAGUCCUGGGGAAAUUAAGCAAGCUGGACCAAAAAAUUCAGCAGCCAGAGAAGGUCAGCGUGCAAAUAGAUCUUAAUUCUUUGACAAGCGAUGCUGCAUCAGAUGAGAGCAACUCACCGCAGAUAUUUCAGUGUCACAACACUCCCCAUGGGGGCAAGCUGGAGAAUAACCCCGAAUGGUGCUGUUCAGAUGCCAGCGGGAGCAAUAGUGAGAGUCUUCGAGUAAAAGCCUUAAAAAAAAGUUUGUUUACUAGGAGGUCAUCAAGAUCAUUAACAGAGGAAAACAGUGCAACCGAGUCCAAAAUAGCAAGUAUUUCAAACUCUCCCCGAGACUGGAGGGCUAUUACUUACACCAACCAAGUUGGCAUUACAGAAGAGGAGAUGAAGGAGAGAGAUGGAGGAGAAAAUAAGGACUGGCACAGGAAAUCUAAGGAGGCAGACAGGCAAUAUGAAAUCCCACAGCCACAUAGACUCUCUAAACAGCCAAAAGAUGCUUUCUUGAUUGAACAAGUCUUUAGUCCUCAUCCAUACCCUGCAUCGCUCAAGUCACACAUGAAAAGCAACCCUCUCUACACAGACAUGAGGCUGACGGAGCUGGCUGAGGUKAAACGUGCCCAACCAUCGUGGACCAUAGAGGAAUACACAAGGAACUCGGGGGAUAAAGGCAAAAUUGCAGCAUUGGAUCUACAAACUCAAGAAUCUUUAAACCCAAACAACUUGGAAUACUGGAUGGAAGACAUUUACACUCCGGGCUAUGAUUCCUUGUUAAAACGCAAAGAAGCCGAGUUCAGAAGAGCCAAGGUCUGCAAGAUAGCCGCCCUGAUAGCGGCGGCAGCGUGUACGGUUAUUCUGGUCAUUGUGGUUCCCAUUUGUACUAUGAAAUCCUGACUCCACGGACAGAGCUGCGACUCCCACCCGUGUUUAUUUGGGGUAGCUCGUGCUGCUUUGCAAAGGUCUGUGGGCAAAACUGUCAUGGAUUUGCUGCGGAAGAACAUCCUGGUGGUAUCCUCAUGGAGAAUGCCAUAGCUGUGGGGAGGAAAGAAAAAAAAAAAAAAAGAAAAAAAGACUUUUUGGAAAGUUAUUUUAAAUAACAAACCAUGUGGCAGAGUUAUGGGAACGUGGUUCAAUUUUUAUGCAUUUUUAAAAGUGCAAUAUUUUUUUCUCCUAAAGAGACUCUAGUGUUUUACAGAAUCCGAGACUGAUGGGAACCCAGGUGAAAGGGGAAGAUUUUCUGAGAGAUGUUGUGUUUAACAGCGGUGUGAGUACGUGGAGGUAGCACUGCAUAAAAAGGAAUGUUCUAUAUGCAUUACACCAGGGAGCUGAGGAAGACUGAAAGCUCUCUACAGUUUAGAAGACUCUGAAUGUAUUGCAUUUGUUUUACAGUAUUUAUGUAUUUCAUUAUCAUUUGCCUGAAAGCAGCCUGUGUAGCCAUGAACAGAGAUCGUUCCUGUGUUCAGAUUAAAAAGGGCUCUUUCUAUUUGGUCUUGCCCUAAGACCCACUUUAUCAUCACUGAGUACUUCGAUAAGUGCAAUGUGCUGCAGACCAAAAAUUAUGUUUUAAAGCAAUCAAAAGAGGUUUUCAGUUGCUUCUCCUGAGUAGCAUUUACAUAGAGCUGGUAAACACGUCUUGCCAAAAGGGUAUUCUUUACCUCCACAGAUAGCGAAAUUGUCUCAGUUUCGCUCCUGUCAGCAAGCGGAGCUGGCAAAUGCAAGCAACGCUCCGUUGCAGUUCUUGUAAAUGUAAUCUGAGCACUUAUAAUUUUGUCACCAAGUCUUUGUGCCUUUUUUUAGACUGUAGAUUAAAUAGAACUGUUUAAUUUUUGCUAUUUUAAUCCCCUGCCAUAAAUUGCAGCAUAAUGGGUACUAAUGGAGGUUCUUUUCCCGCAAGCUUUCGCUACAGUUCAGAGUGCUUCUCAAAUAGCCACGGCUGCUGGUUCCUGGGCACUUAUAUUAAGGGCCCAGUUUUUCAGCUCUGGUGGAAACUUGCUAUUAAUGCAAUGCAUUCUGCAGAGGAGUCCUUUUGCUUCCCUAUGGUUAAUGUACUUAAGAGCGAUAGUUGCCUCUACUGGCCAGCACACAGCCUGUAUUCCCUGAGAAGCAUCCACUUAGUGCUUGAUCCCAAAUGCGAGUAGCAGGUUAAAAGGAAUUCCUGAGUUAUGUCCUAAGUUGCCUCCCGCGCUCGCUGAGGCCAGAAUACCCAGACAGUAUUUUGCUUAUGAAAAUUAGAGAUAAAGGUUUUUAAAAGAAUCUUUUGAGGAAAUAAUGUGAUCUUGCUUGUCCUCCAAAGAGAAGSAGACUCCUUCAGUGAAUGUUCUUUCUGUAGGAUAAUUUGAUUUCUUCUCAAACAGCCCCCCUACGUGCAGCCAGGAAAGCCUCUUAUUCCUAUUCUCCGGCUCUCCGGCUGCAGGGGCUCGCUGGGAUGUGCCACGCUCAGUGUUUGUUUCUGGCUGGUUUAAAAAUAAAAGACAAAAAAAGAAAAGGAAAAUGAAAACGUGAAAAAGUGUGUGGGAGGCAAAGGCUUUGUUGUGACUUGAGAAGUGUGUCAGCCCCUUCAUGCAGCUGGAGUGCUCUUGAUGCACUGCUUGUGUGCUGUUUUUCAUUUAGGAGGAGGUGAUCCCUGGCCCUAUUGAUGGGAUGGGGUGAGAGCUGGAAGCACAGGGUUGGGUGUCGCGUUGACAAACGCACAAUAGGUACAAGCCCCCAUCCCGCUCGCCUGGUUUGAAUCCUGACCCAAAUCCUGCAGCCACUUCCCUGAACUGAGAUUCCUGUUUCCUUCUGGAUGCUGCAGGAUGGAGUCGCUGUGGAGGGAGUCAUUCACACUGUCUAUUUUAGGCUGCCUUUAGGCCUGUGGUUAUGGCAUGAUUAAGAGCACCUGAGUUUUUAAGAGCUCAGGUUCCAUAUGGAGUAAAUAUAGACAGGAAGGGAGCGCUCUGGAGACGCUUCAGAGCAGCUCAGACCAGGUCUAAUAUUAGACAUGUGAACAAGCUCCAGAGGUAUCGCUCUGCAAAUACGUGCAAUUUAGGUUGAAGGUAUAGAUUAAAAACAGAACAACUCUCUUCUCCCUGGUUGCAAAAAGCCCUUUCUCAUCUCCCCUGGCCGGGCAAUCUAAGCCCUGGUCGCCGUCAGGAGCAUCGUUCCCAUGCUCCAUGUGCUCUGUGGUGCCUCUUUCGUUGGUCAGGAUGCUGCACAGGCACCCUGGGCUCCCCCUCAGCCCUAAAUCCAAACGUUGCCCCCCAGAAUCAGCCGUGCUUCCCCAGUUGCAGCUUAGCCAUUUGCUUCUAGAUCAUAUCUGAAUAUCUAACUGGGUAGAAGAUGCAGGAAAAGCUGCUGAUUGCAGGGACAGGCAGAGGCUGUUCUUGAACUGGCUCCCUUGAUUUUGGGACCCCCUUUUCCAUCUACAAGGGGAUUGCAGGAGCUCUGGCACCAGGUAAAUCUUGGCCUUAGGGACACCCCUAGUCCCAGAGGGAUUUGAGAGGCUCCAGAGGCAUGGGGAAGCGCUCGGCAUUCCCGAGCAUCCGCGUCAUCCCCACCUCAAUU